CAACCUUCUUCCUCCUCCUCCGCUGCUUUCGACCCCGCACUUGUCUCUCUGACUAAACAAUGUCUUGUAGCCUUGUAGCCUUAAAGAACCUCUACCUCCUCCUCCUCCUCUUCCUCUUCUUCCCCCAUCCCCAUCCUCCUCCUAGCUCUCUCUAUCCUCCCUUCCCCGACUUCUCAUGGCAGAACCAAAAUCUUCCGACCGUCGCGUCGAAAACAUCGACUACGACGAGGGCGGCUCCAGCACCGCCCCUUCCGCCGUCCAAGGAAAAGAACGUGUAGACCUAAUCGAAGGUCAGACCACCAGAGACACCUACGUCGCCGACAAGCCUUUCGUCUUCAGCAAGGAAAUCCUCCUCACCUAUGUCGCCGCCUGGUUCACCGUCUUUGGCUCGCUCUUCGCCGUCUACAGCUCCAGCUUCCUCCUCGCGGAAAUUAACUACCGUCUCGGUCCCCAGAGCACCUACACCUUCAUCCUCCUCGGCCAGUUCGGUCUCCUUGCCUUCGUCGCCCCCAUCGCCGGGGCCCUCACCGAUGUCUUCGGCUCGCGCUACCUCCUGCUCAUCGGCAACUUUGGCGGUCUUCUCGGAACCGGUCUCGCCGCCGGCGCUCCCAACAUGAACACCUGCAUCGUCGGCGGUGUCGCUCUCGGCACCGGCGCUGGCAUGCACAUGAUGGUCUAUGCCGCGCUCUCUGAGAUCGUCCCCGUUUCCUGGCGUCCUCUGGCCAUCGGCUUGUUCCAGCUCUCCCUGCUCCCUGCCAUUGGCUUUGCUCCCAUCAUCGGCCACUCGCUCACCCAGGAGUCAUCCUGGCGCUUCUGCUUCUGGAUCCCCUUCAUCUUCUUCUGGAUUUCCACCGUCCUGGUCUUUCUCUUCUAUAACCCCAUUCCCAAGCGCCCCUUCAGAGAGAUGGGCAUCGUCCGCUCGCUUCUCAAGUUUGACGUCUUGAGCGCGGCCGCCUACUUCUCUGGAAUCUGCCUCUUCGGUCUGGGAGUCUCCAUGGGUGGCCAGCAGUUUGCUUGGAACUCGGCCGUCACGCUCUGCCUUGUUCUCAUCGGCUUCGGCCUCUUGAUCCUUGUUGGCCUCUGGACCUUCCUCUUCAGCAAGCGCUUCACCUACCCGAUGUUCUACGCCCCCAUGUUUGCCGACUGGCGCGGCGUCAGCAUGAUCUUCUUGGCCAUCUUCUUCCAGUCCAUGUCCGACGUCUGCACCAACAACUACUGGUCGACCGCCACCCGAGGUAUCUUCUCGCCCGACCUCAUCAAGAACGGAUGGUACAACACCGCUUACACGCUCCCAAUGUGCAUCGCCCCUCUCGUCGCCGGUGUCAUCGCGCACUACGCCAAGUUCAGAAACCACCAGUUCUCGUUCUACGUCGCCUUACUCUGCGUCUGCAACUCGUGCCUGGCCACCAUCACCACCACCUCGUCCACCUCGUCGACAGUCCUUGUUGCCCUUGUUGGCUCGUUCGCCUCUGCCUCGUUCUGGAUCGGCACCUUCUUGGUGCAGGCCCAUGUGGGAUCUCGUCAUAUCGGCGUCGCCACGGGACUCAUGUUCAUGUCGAAGAACAUUGGUGGUGCGGUCGGCUCGACCUUGUACAACUGGUUCCUUGUCAAGCGCGUCAACGCUGCCGUCUCUAACGUCAUCCUGAUCCCCAUGACUCAGGCAGGCGUCAGCUUCAUCGGCCUCGAGGAGACCAUCGAGUCCCUUGUCUAUGGCGACUACGAGAACGCCGGAGUGCUUGCUCUCACCCCCGCCCAGUUCGACGUCGGCAUCCGAUCCGUCGCGGCCGCGUACGCCCCUGCCUUCCAGUACAUCUACAAGCUCAGCAUUGCUUUCAGCGCCUUUGCUUUCUUGCUCUCUCUCCUUGUCCGCGAUGUCGAGCACCCGCUUCCUCACCGCGUCGAUGCCGCCCCUAUCGCUGGCGGCUGGAGAGAGACCGUCACCUUCAACUGGAAGCGCAUCAUGGAGCGUGAGCGGGCUCGUCCUUCUACUACUUACAAGAACGAGAGCGGUCGGGAUACGACCUAUGUCUAAGCCUUGUUGCCUUGUUUCUUGUUUAUGAUUUUUGUAUCCCUGUCGGUCCCACCAAAAGCAUCAUCGAUCGAUCAAUACCCUCAAGCGUCGUGACUCGAGCAGCUUCCCUGCUUCCCCUCUUUCUUUUCCCUCUCUCUUUCGACUGUAUAUUUUUAUCUCUUGUUUUAUGGCUCCUUGUGCUGGCGUCUUGUCAUGUUUGUGAACGAUCCCAUAGUGUGUGUGACCCUUGUGCUGUUUUGUGAUUCUUUUCUUGGUUCUUUGUUUUUGG